UUUUUUUUUUUUAUCGGAGUCUUAUCUGUUAUCUCUUAUCUUCCGUGCAUUCCGUGCGACCUCGCGUAUAAUAAAUUUUGUUUUAUUUCCACGUUAUAUAAGUUUAUCUCUGUACGAAAUUUUUUUCUGUGAAUGAAGAAAACAACUUUGCUUCUUGCAGGUGAACGCUUUAAAUGAUUCGCAUCAGCAAUUGAUGGUACAUUGGGUCGGGGAGGGUUCCAAUGUAAUAAUAUGUCUGGCGAGAGAUAGCACGCCCGUGGUGCGUUUCCAAGGAGGUAGAUUCUCUUCCCCGACCCAUCCUAGCGCUGUGUACAUCAGUUACGAUUACGGCGACACGUUCGAGAAUAAGACUGAACAAUUCAGGGUUUCGUCCGACCCGAACGCUCCAUAUGCGGUUGUAGACAAAUUCACCAAUCACCCUAAGUACUACCAACAUUGCGUCUUCGUCGACAGUUUCAAUAAUUUAAUCUUCAUAACGUAUAACAACGGCCUAACUAUCCAGAGGGUCCCAGUGCCGUUUCAUCCGAGCGAAGUCUCGUUUUAUGAAUUAGAUCCGCGGGUACUCGUCGCAUUGGACAAAGUCGAUCCAGCGCGGAAGUUGUGGUUAUCGACCGAUCGUGGAUUACUCUGGGUGCCGAUUCAUCAAUUUGUAAAGGCUUUCUUUUGGUCCCCUUAUCGUGUUCUAUUGGUUGAACGCACAGAGCCUUCCGGAUUGAAUACGGUCUUGAAAUUGGAUCUGCGGAAUUUGCCUUGGUAUCAGAGAGGGAGUAAUCCAUUGCGAAUGAGAAUGUCUCUACGAAAGGAAUUUACCGUUGUUAUUCAAAAUGUUGAAGACUUUCAAAUCAGAGGUGACUACAUGUUUGCCACUAUGAAGAAUUCGAAGAAUGGAACAUCGGAACAUCUGGAUCUCUAUGUCUCUUACAAAAAUCAGUCCUUUGUUCCGGCGCAUUUUAAUACGGAACUUGACUGCAAAGAUUAUCAUAUUGUAGACGUGUCCUUCAACCGAGUUUUUAUCGCGGUGUCACAUAGUGAAACUAUGAUCAAUCUUUAUGUAUCGGAAGUUAUAGAUCAUGAGAAAGCCAUAUUUACACUGUCCUUGGAGAGCAUCCUUACGUUCUUCCCCAAUAGCACUUGGAAGGAUAGCUGGUUAAAUGAUGUGGCUGAUGAAGCAUUCACGGAUCUGUAUAAGGUUGAAGGUCUUCGAGGUAUAUAUAUAGCAUCACGGGUCAAAGGUUCUCCCAAAUCAAGCUCGAUUGGACCGGAAAAUUUAGAGUCAUUAAUUACUUUUGAUCAUGGUGUCACUUGGAACAGUAUUAAGCCACCAGCGACAAAUCACGAAGGCUUUUAUAUUCACUGUUCAAAAGAGUGCUCGUUACAUUUGAGUCAGCGAUUCAGUCAAUUGUAUCCGGUAACAAGAUCCGUUACUAUUAUGAGCUCGAAAUCGGCGCCUGGAAUAAUAAUGGCCACCGGCGUGAUAGGACCUAACUUAAAAGGUCAUCCCGCACUUUAUGUGUCUAGAGACGCGGGCCUCACGUGGAAACAAGUGUUGAAGGAUUAUUACUUUUUCAACAUGGGCGAUCACGGAGGUUUGUUGGUGGCGGUUAAGUAUUUCAAAUCCCGUGGAGAGACCAGAGAUAUCUCGUACUCAACGAACGAAGGUGAAACAUGGCAGACAUACGAGUUUAAUGAGAAGAUGUUACGUGUCUACGGUCUUAUGACGGAGCCUGGAGAAAACACUACAGUAUUUACCAUGUUCGGAUCAGACAGUGGGCAGCAUCAAUGGCUUAUUAUCAAAGUUGAUUUACGAAAUGUAUUCGAGAGAGAGUGCACGGAGGACGAUUACAAAUUUUGGUCUCCAUCGAGCACCGAUCAACCGGUCAUGGCUUGUGUGCUAGGACGUAAGGAAACCUAUCAGAGACGAGCAGCACGCGCCAAUUGUUACCAGGGUGUGAAUUACGAUCGACCGGUGAGAUUGGAGAUCUGUCAAUGCGACGCCAACGAUUAUCAAUGCGAUUAUGGUUUCAUGCGCGUCGGAAAUCCGUAUCAUUGUAUCCGCAACAAAUCUGUCGCUGAUUAUGAUCCUUACGCUAUACCAACCACAUGCCAAUCUGGCGAGUUUUACAAUCGCACGAAAGGCUACGUGAAAAUAUCGGAUGACGAAUGUUCUGGCGGUCUUGCGAGAAACUUCGAACCUGACGAGAUCCCAUGUCCUAUGGAUGAAAGACCGGAAUUUCUAUUAGUAGCUCAGCGAGAGCACAUUACGCGAAUUGACUUGGUGGAAGACAAAAUGGAGAUGUUGCCCGUGCAUGAUUUAAAAAACGUCAUCGCGAUCGAAUUUGAUAUGAAAAACAAUUGCUUAUAUUGGGCAGAUAUUGUAAAUGACACAAUUGGCAGACAAUGCCUAAAGGAUGGCACUAGCUCUCCUGAGAUUCUCGUCGAAAAUGAUCUGAGUUCCAUUGAGGGAAUGGCCUUCGAUUGGGUAUCUAACGUUCUUUACUUUGUAGAUGGUGUCAAGAUGAGAAUACAAACAAUCCGAACGGACGUAUCGACUAUGGGCAGAAUGCGCAGGACGAUAUUGGGACCGAACAAUCUGCAGAAGCCACGAGGUAUUGCGGUUCACCCUAUGAACGGAUACAUGUUUUGGACCGAUUGGGCACCGGGUAAUGCCUCGGUUUCCCGAGCCAACUUGGAUGGUACAGAUGUCAAACGAUUAUUUGUUAAACCCACCGUUGAAUGGCCCAACGGAAUAACGAUCGAUCAUAUUGCCGAACGUAUCUACUGGGUGGAUGCUCGAGCGGAUUACAUAGCUUCCUCAGACUUUGAGGGGAAAAGAUUUAAAAAGAUCAUCGCUAAUGAUGUCCGCGUCUCGCAUCCGUUUGCAGUCGCUGUUUUCAAAGACAACAUGUAUUGGGACGAUUGGAAACAGUCGAUGAUAUUUGUUGCCAAUAAGGAUCAUGGGGUUGGAAUCACCACGAUAGUCGGUUUCCAGAUCGCUGGUCUGAUGGAUCUGAAGAUCUUCGCACAUAGUAUGCAGGUCGGUUCAAAUGAAUGUGCGACAAACAACACGUGCUCACACAUCUGUCUAGGCGCGCCGAACAACAGUCACGUUUGUCUCUGUCCGGACGGCAUGGUGAUGACUGAUGGCAAGUGUCUGUGUCCGAAUGGUAUCAAGCCGUUUCCCAACUCGACGUGUCCACGCAUUGCUAGCACUUGUUCAUCUAAUCAGUUUGCUUGCAAUAAUAACGUGUGUAUCCCUGAAUUCUGGAAAUGCGACGGCGACAACGACUGCGGCGAUAACUCAGACGAGAUCCACUGCAACCGCGCCACAUGUAGCCCAAAUAAUUUCGAAUGCGAUGAUAACAAAUGCAUACCUAAAUAUUGGGUAUGCGAUCUGGAUCGUGAUUGCAAAGACGGCAAGGACGAGAUGAAUUGUACGUAUACUAAUUGCACGGAAACGCAGUUUAAAUGUGCCAACGGCCGCUGUAUAUCGCAUCGUUGGCGUUGCGAUGGCGAAGAUGAUUGUCGAGACGGCUCAGAUGAACAGGAUUGUUCCAAAAAUGUUGAACCGAGUACAUGCCGGUCCGACGAGAUUGCUUGCAAGAACGAACAGACGUGCAUACCCACCUCUUGGAAAUGCGACGGUGAACCAGAUUGCGAAGAAGGUCUCGACGAGGCGGAUUGCAACAACAUGGUGUGCGAGUCCUGGCAGUUCACGUGCAACAACACUAAAGAAAGCGGGCAUCGCUGCAUAUACAAAUCAUGGGCGUGUGAUGGCGACAAGGAUUGCGUCGACGGUUCCGAUGAGAUGAAUUGCACCAGCACUAUUAAGCCACCACCGCCAAUAACUAUAAGUCCAAUCUUGCCAACGAAUUCCUGUAAUGAUUGGAUGUUUAUGUGCAAUAAUAGGAAGUGCGUGCCAUACUGGUGGAAAUGCGAUAGCGUCGACGACUGUGGCGACGAUUCCGACGAAAUAGGCUGCGCCAACAAUGGAGAUGGCGCAUUGGAACCAACGUCAGCGGUAUACACGACACAGCAGCCGCGUGUCUGUCGCGAACACCAGUUCCAGUGCUAUAACGGUGAAUGCAUUGAAAACGCAUGGGUGUGCGACGGCUCGAAGGACUGUCCGUCUGGCGAGGACGAGCAACACUGUGAUCAGACACAUGCGUCUUGUCGCGAGAAUGAUCAGUUUAUGUGCCGUCAAGACGGUUCAUGCGUACCGCUAUCGAGUAUUUGUAAUGGCAUUGAGGAAUGUCCGGAUGGUAGCGACGAACUCGGUUGUCAUACGGAUCACGAAGCGAAUCCACCUGCCACACCAUCCUGCUAUGUCGGUCUUUUCCCAUGUGAUGAGACCCGUUGUUUCCCAUUGGCGUCCUACUGCGAUGGCAAUCAGGACUGUUUCGAUGGCUUUGAUGAGAAUAACUGCGAGAAAAAUGGCUCGCGCGUGUAUCAGGUACUGGUGAUGGGUGUGGAUGAGCGUUCCAUCAAUGAUACAAGUCUCUUCCUUUUCUGGUGGAUGCCGAUACCGUCAAAUGUAACGUUUGAGUUUCUGCCGUCGUAUGCGCGAGCGACACCAGGUGCCGCAUGGACCAACGCCACUGAAUGGAUUGAAGAUACGGAAUACCAAUUCAACAACCUCCAGCCGUUCACCAAAUACAAUCUGACAGUCUAUGUAAAAGUGAAGGGCCAGGCUACUGUAUUCCCACCGGCAAAGUAUUUGGUAGUGAUGACCGGCGAGGGUGUGCCAUCUGAGCCUUGGAAUGUGACGGUUACGCAAAAGAACGGUACUCGUGUGGAGGUUUCCUGGAGACCACCGUUACAAGCAAACGGUCUUAUUAUCGGUUAUCAGGGCUACAUCACACCGCCGAUACCGCCGAUGGAAUUUUCCCGGCAGAAGACUUCCGCGAUCAUCGAUAUGGCAUUCGAGGCGGGCAAGAAUUAUUCUUUCUGGAUUGUAGCGAGAAACCGGCUGUAUCUAUCAGCCUCAUCGCAGGUUGCUACAUUGACUUUCGAUGGCUCCGCCAAUAUCGAUGACAUCGAGGAUCUUCGUGUGAUAGCCACGACGAAUCACUCCGUCACUUUGACGUGGAAGAAGAUGAAAGACGUGGAUGGAUAUCACAUCACUCCCCGAGCGCCGCCGGCGUAUCCGAUCUUGCAAACCGUUUCGACCAUGGAAAAUUUGAUGGAAGUCAAGAAACUGGCACCAGGCACUAAGUAUACCUUCGAGGUCGGCGCGAUGAAGAAAAACUACGUCGGUAAGGUUGCCAUGGUAACAGCAACGACAAACGGCACCGCAUUGCCGACGAUAAUGAAGCUCGAUGCGCAAUUGGUGAAGUCUCAGAGAACAACCGUGAAGCUUACUUGGGAUCCACCCAAGAGCAAUAGGAAGAUCAAAUGGCAAUAUGCCAUUCACUAUGCUACCAAUAUGUUGGAUUUCUUCAAAGGUUACAAACUCGUUACCACCAAUCUUACGGCUACGAUCAAGGAUCUGGAAGCGUGUGAAUCAUAUGUCUUUGCCGUUGGUGUUAUUGGGGAUUAUGGAGCAGGUCCUUUAAAUCAACCGAUUACAGUUACGACGCACUUCAAUAAACGUGCACCUCCAAAGAGGUUGCGAGUAACGCCGUCGCCAGACAAAAACGAUAGUAUAAUCGUAUCAUGGAGCGCUAGUUGUCCAACGAUUGACGAACCUAUCAGUUACACGAUUUCUGUUACGGAGAUGAUUCUCAACAAGCAAAUAGUUGUGACAUUGCCACCGACUAACGAAACUAUUAUGAAGCACACGUUCCAUUCCAUCAAGUACGGCGGAAAAUAUAGUAUUACAAUAGCUACCGAUGUCGAAAACGCCAUAUCCACGCAACCGUUCAUCUUUAUGGCGCCACCGAUCAAACCGCCUCAUCAAUUUACUGUCUUUCAUGAUAAUAAAGAAUAUUUGAUUUAUUGGGAAGAACCGGAUUUGCCGGAGAAUAUCCGGAAUGACGCCAAUCGACAUUACGAAAUUUUGAUGGCCGAGGGUUCGAGAACAAUAAAUGAAUCGACUGCCCAAGUAUUUUCAGUCAAAGAACCACCUUAUCGCUAUAAGGAUGUUAAAACAGAUACGAUUUAUACUUUCGCUGCACGUUUAGUUACAAACGAAGGAUACCAAAGUCCACUUAGCGAAACUUGGAGCACACAGAUUUCAGCAGGGUCACAGCUCCCGGUGAUAAUGAGUACAUCGAGCAUAUUAUCUCUCGCUAUACCGAUCUGUUUGAUCGUCAUAGCGCUCGGUGCUGCGCUCGCGUAUUUCAUCGUUCGACAUAGGAGGCUGUCUAACAGCUUUACGCAAUUCGCCAAUAGUCAUUAUGAUACGAGGCGGGGACAAGCCACUUUUCCUGGUACGACAGAUGGCUUGGAAGAAGAAGACAGUCCUGUAAUCCGAGGUUUUUCAGAUGACGAGCCGCUCGUAAUUGCAUGAACACCACAUAUAUGUAUAAACAGGAUAUUUACUAGGAAAGACGAUGUGCCAAGACACUAUUAAUAUGAUAAUUUUGAAUAUAGGUCAAGCUUUAUGAUGGAGAAGAAAAUUUUCGUAAAAGCGUUUCUAAACAUGCGUUAACAUUAAUCGUCAUCGAACUAUUAUAGUUAAUGGCUAUUGAGCUAACAAACUGUUUAGGACGCUUACACGAGAGCUAUUCGUACCAUUCGUAUGAUAUGGUGUACAUCACGAAAUAGUCGAAGUGACUACUUGCCAUAGUAGUUAAAGAGGUCGUUGUAUCAUACGAGUUUAAAGAAACUCGUAGAUUACAAGCAUGGUUUAUCGUUUACAAGAGGAUAAAUGCCGAGCGAGGAAACGGCAAUUUGUAUAUAGUAAAUAUUUUUUAUGGAUUGAUUGUGAGACUUUCGAGAUGACACACAUUUGCAUUUUUAAUAUUGUAUUUAUAUGAUCUGUAUGUGUGGAGAAACUUUUUUAGUCCAUAUUAAGAUUUGUUGAUGCGAAAGUGAGUUUGUGGCAGCCGGGACAUACUUUUUAUUAAAAUCUGUUUUAACAAACACCAACAGAGGCCAUAGGUUGUUUCCAUAUAGCAAGUGCAUGACCAAAGCAAUGCUUUUUUCUAAUGCCGCAUUUAAGAAAUAUCGAUUAUCUCAAUUUGUAGAGAAUGUUUCUAUAACGUUUAUAAUUUUAAACAUUUUCAAAUUCUCUGGCUUGAAUAAUCGUCUUAAAUAUCUUUUUCUAAUCGUCCCAAUUAAAAUUUUUUUCGAACAUAAUGUGGCAUUGAAAGAAGUUUUUAUAAGCGAGUUUUUCGCGAAAGGGUAACCUAACCCUCGUAUAGAGUGUGCUACAAUUAUUACGAUUCGAACAUAAUGCUAAGUGGUUUUUUAUCUUUAGGUAUACAAAAAAAAAUAUACGACAAAUAUUCGACAAAUAGUAUGUUCUUUGUACGAUUAAAGUGGAUUACAUUUUUGUUAUUUUUUACAUAAAAAAGAAAAUAGAUUUUUUUUACAAAGAUCAAGCGUAUUUAAUUUAGGAGAGGUUUAACAUCGAGAUGUCGAUGAGAUCAGAGACGUUCUCAGUAAAUAAAAUAACGUGACUGUCGUCAUUUUUAAAUUACUGUAAAUAAUAUACAAAUAUAUAAGCGCGUGAAUCUUCACGGCUUAAUCCAUAUUGAAUCAUCUGUAAAAGACAUUAACAAUUAAAUUCCGUUUUAUGAUGAGUUAUAUUUUUAUCGGGAUAGCCUAAGAUUUAAUACGAAUGACUUUCUCGUCGCAGCGAGAAGAAAUCAAAUUGAGAAAAUCUGCUGUAUAUGAAGCUACACACAUACACACGAGCAAUUAUUUUAUUGUUUUAAUCGCGGACAGUUAGAGAUAAGAUUAAGUAUAUUCUUAAUUAUACAAUUAACUUUUUUGUCUAUUCUCUUCUCAAGAACGAAAAAAACAUGUGAUGCAACACAUGUUUCUAAAGAAUAUUUGUAAGUUUGAUCGUUUUAUCGAGUCGAGAUGUUGAGUCAAAUGCGUUAAUUCUCUAUAACGCUAAAACUAUAAGAAUAUGUAACUUGGAAGUUAUAUAUUCUUAUAUCUAUAUUUUUUAAAUCUUAAUAAUUUAAUAUUUUUCAUUCACUGGUUUUUCUAAGCAAAAAGAGUUUCAAAAAAUAUCCCAGAAAUUCUAUCGGUUAUGUAGCGUUAUAAAAUUGUUAUAUUAAUUUAUAUCCUUAUAACAAUUAUGAUUUGAAAUGUUGUUUGGUAUAAUAAUAUUUGAAAUUUUUGCUCUUUUUAUUCAACAGAGAAGAAAGUAACAGAGAUGAAAUGACUAUUGAACGAUGAAACGACAGUGGCAUAUACACGAACAAUUAUUUAAUCAGUAUUGACAAGACUUGGUUCGUUUUUAUCGUAUCAAAAUUGAUGCCAAAAAAA